GCUUUUUGAGUGCAGUCGACCUGUAAAGUUGAACGCGAGCGGAGUCGAGUCGGAAUUUUUAGGGGUUUACGAUUCUGCAAUUUCUGUCAUCAUGUUCAGCCAUUAAAAGUGAGGUCUUGUGGAGUGGUUUGUUAAUUCUAAACUUUUCUGUCUCGAUCGGAAACAGGCCUUUGAUUUUUACACCUACCUAAGCUGGUGGAGCACAUAAAAUGGCCAUAAGCGAACAAUACGUGCUCAUAAUCAAUUUGAGAAAAAGUUUUUUAAUAGAAUUUUAAUAAGCCUUUCGGAAGGCUUCCCGGGAGUGUGAGAAGAAAGAGUGGUGUUGUUGUUCGGUUUGUUGAAAAAAUCAUUCCUCGCUUGUUUGAUUUGUUCUUUAUUUUCUGGUCCGGUUGAGCUGCCAACUAAAAGUGCGUUGUGAGGAGCGAUUCUAUGCAUGUAACGUGUAUUCCGUUUCCAGAACUGGAAAGACUGGAAUACCACCGAAACGAGUUCAGGAGGUCGUUGAUGCAUAGUCGUGGGAGGACCCGUUAAGCAGGGUCGAUUUAUUUCCGUUUCCAUUACAUAAUCAUGUUUAGUGGCCUCGUAGCUUAAAUGUGGAAAACAGCUCUUUCCAAACAACACUUCGCGUCGACUAAACUCUCACACGCUGUCAAUGAGAGUGUGCAAUAGUAACUUAUACGACGAUCAUCACCGGUUCCACCAGUCUCGACAUCAUCCGCGUCAAACAUCAACAUCAACGACAGCCCACGGAUUGCCACCUAGCUUUAAUGCUAGCGCAGCUAAUUCACAUCACUAAAUAGAUUAUCCUGAAAGCUUUUUGGUUUUCGGAAAACCCCAUCGAAAGCAGAAGAAUUUUUUCAGCUUGGUAUCCUUCCGCUAAGCAGCUGAUUCGUCGUCAACGGUUCCUCCUGAUCAGCCAUUGCCGGCUACGGCUGGAACUGGAACCACGAUGCAGCAGACCGCCAGCCCCAGCACCAGGACCGAGAUGCGUCCGGUCAAGUAUCACUAUGCCGAUUCCUUCUGGUGUACUUAUCUGAUUUCGGUAUUUGCGGCCAGCAUUGCCGAAACCGUGACCUACCCGUUGGAUCUGACCAAGACGCGUUUGCAGAUCCAAGGUGAAGCGCUAACUGCAGCCAGCGGUGCGAUCAGUAAGCCCAAAUACCGUGGUAUGGUAGCAACAGCCGGAGGAAUAAUUCGCGAAGAAGGCAUACUCAAACUUUGGCAAGGGAUCACUCCAGCACUGUAUCGCCACGUGGUUUACAGUGGAGUCCGCAUAGUGACGUACGACACGCUGAGAAAGAAACUUCGCGGUAACAACGAAUUGGCCCUGUGGCAAUCGGCACUGGCCGGAGUCGGAGCUGGAUCGAUUGCCCAAUGGUUGGCCUCUCCGGCCGAUCUGGUCAAGGUACACGUUCAGAUGGAGGGCAAAAGACGCCUCAUGGGCCAGGCACCACGUGUCCACAGUGCCGCCCACGCUUUCCGGGAAAUUGUAAGACGCGGCGGUGUUACUGGGCUAUGGAAAGGAAGCGUUCCGAAUGUGCAACGAGCAGCUCUUGUAAAUCUGGGCGAUCUCACCACAUACGAUACGGUCAAAAGAUUCGUUAUGAAGAAAACUGGCCUCCCAGACUGCCAUUUGGUGCAUAUCAUAUCCUCGAUAUGUGCUGGAUUGGUGGCAGCAACGAUGGGUACACCGGCUGAUGUUGUCAAGACUAGGGUCAUGAAUCAACCAACGGAUUUGAGCGGAAAGGGUCUUCUCUACAAAGGAUCUUUGGAUUGUCUACAACAAACCGUUGGCAAGGAAGGGUUCUUUGCUCUGUACAAAGGUUUCCUUCCUGUUUGGAUCCGUAUGGCACCCUGGUCAUUGACUUUUUGGCUUUCGUUCGAACAAAUUCGCUCUAGUCUUGGCGCUGGUGGUUACUAGGUGAUAGUAUUCGUAUAACAUUUCAUCUAGAGCUUCACUGUACAUUGAUAAGUUAAUUGUUUCUUCGUAACUCGCGUUUUGGUUCACAGAAAAUAUUGUUUUAAAAUAGCAGGCACAAUUUACCUAUUCUAUUUUCGCACAAACUUAACUUCACUACCGAGGAAUCGGCUCUACAAUAAACCUAACGUUCUUAAAAUUUUCUCAAAUUUAGUUUAGUAUUUCUUAAAAUGGAAAAAUCACGUCGACCGGUUAACCAUCGUUCAAUUACUUCCUUAAUUAGCGAAUUUUCACUUUAAAAAAAACAUUUAAGAAACGAGGUUCACCGUCUAUAUAGAAACGUGUUGAAUUAAGAAGACUAUAAUUUGUGAUCUGUGAUUUAUUUUUAGAUUUACUAGCAAUUAGGGUAAAAUACACAAACCAAUUCUUUGGAGUGUUAUUAUGUUGAGUUAGAGUUGGCAACCCCGUAAACGAGAACUUCUCUGUUCAGCAGUCAUGAAAUAUUCUCAUAAACUUAUUACCGAAGUGAGUAGAAUGUUUAUUUAGCCAACAAUUAACAAAUGAGUUCUGCACUUGAAAAACUUAACUGUCAUAAACGUUAUCGUUUCAAACCCUCAAUUGUAUCCUGCAAGAUUUUAGCCGACACUUUAAAUAGAAGAAAAAACACUCAACAUGUGACAAUACUAGAAUUCAACCAUGUUCUGAAACCUAAACCUAUAAUAACUCGUAAUGUCCUAACACUAACUAGCCUCUCAGUUGAUCUAGACUAAGCGUCUGAAUCCUACUAAAAUCGAAUGAGUAAACAGUAAAACGCACUAGUGUGUAAAAAAAAAGAAAGAAUAAUCGACAAGCUCAAGUUUGGGAACUUUUUUUUCAUUGAGAUAUUAGUUAUCAAAGAUUGCCUCAUUUGCGCUAACCGCCUGGAACAUGAAAGACAAAAAUGACACAGAAAUUCCUUAGUUUUUCUUUGGAAUAAAUUUAUGUGGAUUACUCCGAGCGUGCAAACGGUUCAGGUGAUCAGACUUCAAUGAGAAACAAAAUUAUCUCGUUUUUACUGAGCAUUUUUAAGAUAACAAACUUUCGGAAAAAAAUUAUAUGGAGGAAAUGAUUUACAUAAACCGGAAUUUGGUUUUCAGACUCUUCUCAAAGUGAUAACGACACGAUACACAAAAAAAGAAACCAAGUUUUUAAGGACCACUGGUGUUAGGAAAAGUGCUUAAUUAAAAUAGAGAUUCUACAUUCUAGAUUCUAUCUAAACAUAGAAGAAGGUAAAAAAAGAAGCACAACCCUUCUCACUGUGUAGAAAUAAGAAGAAGAAAAAACCAGUUGACUACAGUUUGAAGUAGCUAAACCAAAAUAUACAAAUAUAGUCGUGUUUUUCUUUUUUAUCAGAAACGAAGACGAAAGAGUAAUAAAUAUGUAGUCAAUAUCAUUUGUAAAAGCAGUUUACCCUGUAAGUCAACAAAGUAAGCGUAGUUGCAAUGUUUCGUGCUAAGCGUAGUUCGAGUGUAUGAUGCUAGAAAUGGUGAGGUGCGCGUAUUAAUAAAACUGAUUUAUUGGA